GUUCGUUGGAAGACUGUGAGCGAGCUUCGCCGAAGAAACACAAAAAAUUCACAAAAAUUCAAGUUUUCUCUAUCAGAUAAGCAAAACAAACAAACAAAAUGUUGAUCAAAGUGAAGACUCUCACCGGCAAGGAAAUCGAAAUCGACAUUGAGCCCACGGACAAAGUUGACCGGAUAAAGGAACGCGUGGAGGAAAAGGAGGGAAUUCCCCCGCAACAACAACGACUCAUCUUUUCUGGUAAACAAAUGAACGACGACAAAACAGCCCAAGACUACAAAGUGCAGGGCGGCUCUGUGCUCCAUCUCGUGCUUGCUCUGAGAGGCGGAUGUUAACUUUGACGCGACUUUUCCAUCAUUUUUUUCACUUUUGCAGUUUAUUUUUCCGUGACUUUCGACGGGAGUCACAAUUUUUUAUGUGUUGUGAUCCAAAAACAAGAGAAAAAUUGCUUUGAAACAAAAAUGCUCCCCGUUAAUUUAACUUAAAAACACACAAA